AUGGCCCGCGAUAUCCUGAAAGCCGCCAAGUCGGCCUCGAAGUCGGCCUCGAAUGUGAUUCCAAUCGGCCAGAAAUACUCCCUUCAGUCCACUGGUAUCUGGGAGCGAAUUCGUCGUGCCCUCGCGGUGGACCCCGACCGUUCGACCGGUAUCCCAUUGAAUUCCCAGUUCCGUCUUCCGACUCCCGGAUCUCUGCCUCCCCUGUCUUACGAUGACCCCGUCACUGUUCCAGCGGGUGACCUUGCCGACAACCCAUACUGGAAGCGGGACGUCCGGAGAAACUACCCCCAACUGAGCACCGUCAGUCAGGCCGAUGCCGUGGGCCUUCUCACCGUCGGCAGUCAAGCAGCCCCUAAGGAUGAUGUUCUGCAGAUCGGAGAGGCAGGAGAGAAGCAAUUGGUGUCGGUCAAAGAACAAGGCGAGGAGCGAGGCUUGGCUGCGCUCUUCGAGAAGGAUCAAAAGAGCAUUCAGGGUGUGCUGGGCGCCAACAACCUGCCCCCGACACCCUGUAACAUUAACCCUACUCCCCAGUCCUCGCAAUCAAAAUAUGAGCUGGGCCAAGGCCAAGGCUACCCCGAUGUGUACCCUUGCCGCACUUUUGUUUAA